CCGUUUCUUUUCACUUCCCCCUUCCCAGGCCCCUCACUCCUUCCCUUCCCUUCCUCGCGGCGGAGGUACCUACAGCAGCGGCCGCCUCAAUCCCCGCCCCCUCCUCUCGCCUCCCGGGGGACGCGCGCCGCCGCCGCCGCCGCCGCCACCACCAUCGCCGUUCACUUUCUUCUUCGCUCCCCGGGACAUCCUGCUGCUGUCUCCACCCCGUCCCAGUCUCUCGCCAUUGGGCUCCUUCCUUCCUUCGAGGAUAAGCAUUGAUCCUGGAUUUAGCUAUUUCUUGUAUGUGAUAAGCAGAUAAACUGCAAUGAAGGAUUCUCAGGAUAUUCAGAGCACAACAGAGCUGCAGAUGUCACCCCAAGGUACCAAUGAAGUGCAAAGUAACCAACUAAACACAAUGGCCACUGAUGCUCCUGCAGGAGAUCCUGGUUCUUUGACAGUCGCUAGUAAUGAUAAUAGAAAAGUCUCCCGCGAAGACAUUGAACUUGUCCAGAAUUUGAUAGAGCGCUGUCUGCAGCUAUACAUGACCAAAGGAGAGGUUGUUAGGACGCUUUCUUCUCGUGCGAGAAUAGAACCUGGCUUCACUACUUUAGUAUGGCAGAAACUCGAAGAAGAGAACCCUGAAUUCUUUCGGGCUUACUAUAUAAGAUUGAAACUGAAAAGACAGAUUAUCUUGUUCAACCAUUUGUUGCAGCACCAGUGUAAUUUGAUGAAAUAUCCAGCACAUCCGAAUGUUCCACUGGCUCCAAUGCAAAAUGGGAUGCAUCCUAUGCCAGUUAACAAUCUACCGAUGGGGUAUCCAGUACUUCAGCAACCUCUGAUGCCUGCUCCCGGCCAGCCUCACAUUGAUCCGAUGGUUUGUGGUCUAUCCAGCGGUCAUAUGGUGAAUGGGAUCCCUGCACCAGGUGGCUAUCAACCAAUUCGCAUGAAUUCCGGAAAUGACAUGGUUGUUGACAACGGUGCACCUGAAGUUGGACAUAAUGGUGCCAUGUCAUCCGAGAUGGCUGUGAGCCCCUCAUCGGCAGCAUCAAGCAACCAUGCUCCUUUCACUCCGUCGGAGAUACCAGGGAUGGCUAUGGAUACAUCGAUGCUAGAUUCAGCAUUUGGAUCUGACAUAGGGAACACAGAACCUCUGCAAUUAGGGCCAGAUGGGUCGUCAAGGGAUUCCAUCCGAUCCUUGGGGCAGCUCUGGAAUUUCAGCCUCUCUGAUCUUACAGCUGAUUUGACAAGUUUAGGAGAUUUGGAGGCUCUUGAGAACUACGAAGGUACCCCUUUCCUGCCCUCGGACUCGGACCUCUUACUUGAUUCCCCAGACCAUAAUGAUGACAUAGUUGAGUACUUCGCCGACGCCAUCAACGGGACUCAAUCAGAUGAAGAGAACCAACUAUUUGUGAUUCUACCGAUCCCUGUCCCUCCUGCUAUUAUCCUCCUGCUCGUGAUCCCGUUCAGUCAAAUGACAGGUGAAGAUAUCCAUGAGGAUCGAAGACAGUAUGAGAUAACGGGGGUCCGGGCCUCCACCUUCUUCUGGCCGGGCUCGGAGGUGAAGAAGGGCUCCUGGGACUGCCCCGACAAGUAUUGCCGCCACUAUAAUGGCUCUGUGCCAUUUGAGGACAGGGUUGACGCCGUCCUUGGUUACUUUGAUCUCCCGGCUGAUGAAAUGCCGCAGUUUCUGACACUGUACUUUGAGGAUCCAGAUCACCAGGGCCACCAGGUCGGUCCUGAUGACCCAGCCAUCACUGAUGCUGUGACGCAUAUUGACGAGAUGAUCGGGAGGCUCAUUGCUGGUUUGGAAGCUAGGGGGGUGUUCGAGGAUGUGAACAUUAUAUUGGUUGGGGAUCAUGGGAUGGUUGGGACCUGCGACCAGAAGCUACUGUUUCUCGAGGAAUUGGCUCCAUGGAUUGAGGUGAAGGCUGAUUGGGUUCUGUCGAGGACACCAUUGCUGGCAAUCAGGCCGCCAGAUGGUGUAUCCCCGGCAGAGGUCGUGGCCAAGAUGAAUGAAGGGCUGAGCUCUGGGAAGGUGAAGAAUGGGCAGUAUCUGAAGAUGUACUUGAAGGAGGAUUUGCCUUCUCGCCUGCAUUACUCGGAAAGCUAUAGGAUACCACCAAUUAUUGGGCUGGUAGCUGAAGGUUAUAAGGUGGAGAUGGAAGUAUCAAAGAAAAAUGAGUGUGGAGGGGCGCAUGGGUAUGACAAUGCCUUCUUCUCAAUGAGGACCAUAUUCAUCGCACACGGGCCUCGUUUCGAAGAGGGUAAAAUUGUGCCCUCCUUUCUGAAUGUGGAGAUAUACAAUGUCAUUGCUUCCAUUCUCAGUUUGAAGCCAGCUCCAAACAAUGGCUCCAGUUCUUUCCCUGGAACAGUUCUUUUGCCGAGUGAAUGAUCACCGGUUUAUGUGAGGGCUGUGGUUCUGGAGGAGGAAAACCCACUGAUGGUAUUAUCUUCCGGUUGUAGUUGUAUUUGUACACUAUUUAAAUUCAAAUUCUGCGACGUGCAGCUAUUCGCUACUGCUAAUACUGCAAGCAGAGAAUCCUUUUCCUUAAGGAUGUCAUUUGCCAAUGCAAAUCACAUUUAACCUUUUCAUCUUCUGUGAUGCUAAAUGUAUGAUGCCACUUCUUUUAAGUCCCAUGUUUUCUGCUUGAGUUGAUAA